GCAGUGAGUGACUGUGAGUCGACACGUGAGCUCCAGAGAGACGACACGAACUAUCUGGUGACAUGUUACAUUUCAUUAAGUAUGGGGACAACUAUCUUUCAGUUUGUUUAAACUGAUAACUAUCAAGAGAAAGACAGUCCCGUGUUAACAGAGUUUACCAGAAAAACUGACAGGAUGUUUAGUUUUGGUGGUCAGUUCCUGAUCUUAGCGCUUGACUACUCUGGACCAUAAGGUUAUGGAAGCGACAACAAGGAAAAUAUUUCUUGUUCAUGGAAUAUUUUUACUAAUUAGUUUACACUGUGGUCAAGUAACGUCACUUCCUGUGCCGUACAACAUUAGCCUUGUCCUUACCAAGUGGUUCCCGCCUGCUGUUCAAGUGUUCUGGAAAGUUAGUUCUUUGAACGAGAGUGGUCUCCUCCAUUUUGACGUCACCUAUCGGCCACAAAAUGCAAGGUAUCGGAUAGUUCAAGAAGUUUCUCCUAAAGACUGUUCCGUCGUUUUAAACCAUCUCCUACCGGGUACUUUAUAUAAUCUCCAUCUAACACCCAUUUCUGAAGCUGGCCCUGGAAAUCACAGUGAUGUAGUACAGUUCAUCUCCCCAAACAUUCGGGACACUUCGAAAGAAAAGAGAAGGACUCAAAGAAGAGAAGGGACACCAGAGGUUCGUGAAGAGGAGAUUGUUAUUGUUGUCCUGGUUCUGGUCGUAUGGGUAGCAGUUAUUCUAGUUUUCUUCAACAAAUGGGGAAAAAUUCGAAUGUUGGAGCCAUACCAACCGGAUUACCGAAGCCCUUUGUACAAGUCAACUCGAGUUAGUUUAGCGGACCCUAUUCUCGAGAGAGACUUGACAAGGGGAAGUCGCAUAGCUCUUGGCGGACAGUCUCGACAGAAUUCAAUCCUUAUGGGUUCGACCUCUGGUUGUCUUCGGCAAAAUUCAGUUUUUGUUGAUCAAACAAUGAUGUUUAUGGAACCUGGAGUACCGCGAAAAGUGAAGAGUGCCGAAGAUAUAAAAUCUUUAGUGGUUCAGAUUGGUUAUCAGCGUAAGAACAUCGACCUCUAGUAAUUAAACAAUUAACAUACAA